UCGAACAACAGCAGCUCAGCGUAGCUGUUUAAACGGAAAGCGAAGGUGGGACCGCUGACAGAGGAAAAUAAGUACUCAGCAUCACACCCGAGCAACUGACCAUUAAAACGGAGAAGUUUCGGAAGGAAAUACGUCAGUUUAUUUUAUUUGUUCCUGUGUUUGGUACAAGUGUCACCAGCAACAGACGAUUCUGUCGCCUGUUGGAUUCACUCAGUAAGUAACUCGCCCCUUCGCCAAAAUCCGGCUCCUAGAUGUGACCACGAGAUUGCUGAGGAGAAGCCACCAUGUCUUAAACACAGAGGGGCCCUCUGGAGCCCUGUCCCCACACCCUGGAACACCCACCCCAUCCCCUGUCCACCACCUUACCCCUUCUCCCAGCCCCAUCCCAAUCCCAGACCUCCAUGCACGUUAGAGAGAGGCUACCCGGCACCAGCUCGCCGCUGGCCUCCCCCUUCCCAACUUCUGGAGACAUGAGCCUGCAGAAGAAGCGGCAGCUGGGUGAUGGUGGAGGCAGUGGGGUGAUGGGCUCUGACCGGGAUCUGCACUCUACUGCUUCCUCCAUCUCCUUGCCAUCUGUCAAGAAAGCCCCCAGGAAAAGGCGGCUCUCACUGGCCUCUAUUUUCAGACGGCGAAGCAGAGAGCAAAAAUCGGGGCGCCAAAGGUCCCGAGACCACCAGCACCUUGGAUCUGUUGGGCUAGGAGGGGUGGAUGGCAUUGCCAGCAUUGAGAGCAUUCACUCUGAGAUGUGUAACGAUAAGCACUCUGCCUUCAUCUCUGUGACUGGGACCGGGCCUGCCUCAGUUGUUGCUGCCUCCACCUCAUCUGCCUCAGGGCCUUCUUCCUCUACCUCCACCUCCUCCAGGGUGUUGAGUGGAUCAGGAUCAGAGGCGCUGGAGUGCCCACUGUGCCUUCUGCGCCAUUCCAGGGAGAACUUCCCUGACAUCAUGACCUGCCACCACCGCUCCUGCAUAGAUUGCCUGCGUCAGUAUCUGCGCAUUGAGAUCUCAGAGUCACGGGUCAACAUCAGCUGCCCUGAGUGCUCGGAACGCUUCAAUCCACAUGACAUCUGUAUGAUCCUGGGUGACCGAGCCCUCAUGGAGAAGUAUGAAGAGUUCAUGCUGAGGAGGUGGCUGGUGGCUGACCCUGACUGCAGAUGGUGCCCUGCCCCGGACUGUGGGUAUGCCGUGAUUGCCUUUGGGUGUGCCAGCUGUCCUAAGAUUACAUGUGACAGGGAUGGAUGUGGCACAGAGUUCUGUUACCACUGCAAGCAGCUGUGGCAUCCCAACCAGACCUGUGAUGCAGCGCGGCAGCAGAGAGCCCAGAGCCUUCGGCUGAGGACGGUUCGGUCCUCCUCCCUCAGUUACAGCCAAGAGAGCGGUGCUGCAGCUGAUGACAUCAAGCCAUGUCCGCGUUGUGCCGCUUACAUCAUCAAGAUGAAUGAUGGCAGCUGUAACCACAUGACCUGUGCCGUCUGCGGCUGUGAGUUCUGCUGGCUGUGCAUGAAGGAGAUCUCAGACCUGCACUACCUGAGUCCGUCAGGCUGCACUUUUUGGGGGAAGAAGCCGUGGAGCAGGAAGAAGAAGAUUCUCUGGCAGCUGGGAACACUAGUGGGGGCCCCAGUUGGCAUCGCACUCAUUGCUGGCAUUGCAAUCCCCGCCAUGAUUAUUGGCAUCCCCGUAUACGUUGGGAGGAAGAUUCACAACCGCUAUGAAGGUAAAGACAUCUCCAACCACAAGAGGAACCUGGUGAUCGCAGGCGGAGUCACGCUGUCUGUCAUCGUCUCUCCUGUGGUGGCUGCAGUCACAGUCGGCAUCGGCGUUCCCAUCAUGCUGGCUUACGUGUACGGCGUGGUGCCGAUCUCUCUGUGCCGUAGCGGCGGUUGUGGUGUGUCAGCAGGGAACGGCAAAGGAGUUCGCAUCGAGUUUGAUGACGAGAACGAAAUGAACGUCGGCGGUGGGACGACGGCUAUCGAUGCCACAUCAAUGGCAGACGCCAGGAACAACCCCAGUAUAGGUGAAGGCAGCGUCGGAGGAUUGACUAACAGCUUGAGUGCCAGCGGCAGCCACAUGGACCGCCUCGGAGCCAUCAGGGACAAUCUGAGUGAGACGGCCUCCACCAUGGCCCUGGCUGGAGCCAGCAUCAGCGGCAGCCUCUCCGGCAGCGCCAUGGUUAACUACCUGAACAGGCUGGAGGUGCAGGCGGAUGUGCAGAAGGAGCGCUCCAGCCUGAGCGGGGAGUCCGGCACGGUCAGCCUGGGUACCAUCAGCGACAACGCCAGUACCAGAGCGAUGGCGGGAUCCAUUCUGAACGCCUACACGCCAAUCACCAGAGACGGGAACAGCGUGGAUGUUCAGGUCAACAUCGAAUCCAAACCCAGAAAGCUGCGCCAUCACAGUGGCGGUGGCAGCAGUGUUGACGACAGCACCCAUGUUGGCCGUUGUGGCUGGACCUGUUCGCCCGCUGGCUGCCCGUACACAGAGAGCAAAGGAGUGACUGCUAAGUGGACCAAGGAGGCGUGCUGCUCCUCAUCUUCCUCCGGCAGGAAGAGCAAAGGAAAGCUGCGCAAGAAAGGCGGAGGAGGCACAAAGAUCAAUGAGAUGCGAGAGGACAUGGAUGCUCAGCUUCUGGAGCAGCACAGCACCAACUCCUUCGAGUUGGACUCGCCGUCACUGAGCGGCAGCCUGCCCUCAGUGGCUGACUCCCACUGCAGCCACUUCUCAGAGUUCAGCUGUUCCGACAUGGAGAGCACCAAGACCUCCUGCAGUCACGGCUCCAGUGGAGGCGACUACCACACACGCUUCGCUGCCGUCAGCCCCUUACCAGAGGUAGAGAACGACCGCCUGGAGACCUGCCUGGGUGCGUCGUCCUCCCAGGGACCAGGAGGCCUGAUCAUUCCCCGCUCCCCGACCACCUCCCUGAGCUAUGGCGCAGAGCCGCCCGCGCUCUGCUUCAUCACUGAGGAGAACGUGAGCCUGGUGUGUCCCACCGAGCCGGACCACGGCGACGCCGAGUCGAUGAAGGAAUCCAACAAUGACCGCCAUCCGCAACAGACGACCCAAAAGCUACAGAACUCAUGUAUACAGACCGACAUCUGAAGGCUUGUUACCGCCGCGGUGUCAAUCCGUCGCUGAACUAACAGCCGCUGCAUUUCCGUUAACUUUCUGUCAUCGUGAGAGUUAACAACUGAUACUCGGAUCGCUGCGGUGUGACCGUUCGCGCCCUUACUGCUGAUUCUGAGCGCGCGCCUCUUGAGUUGUCAUUGAUCAUCGUCGUUACGAUAAAACCGCUGUGCCAGUUUUGCCAGUGUUUGACUUUUGGAUCUUUAAAACCACACAGGAAGUUAAAUGCAACGGAUUACUCAAAACUCAAGAAGAAAUUCAGAAGAAACGUUUGCGUUAUCCUUAAUGUUACAUUUAGGUUUCAGAGAAGAGAACAUCUGGACUUUUAUGGGUUGAUUAGAGACAAACGGAGUAAUAUUUAUCAAGAAACCAUCAUACUUAUCAGAAUAAAGCCCAAACGGCCCUUGUUGUCAUGGUAACAGACUUUUGGGUAACUGUGAAAGUACUAAUAAACAGGUUCAUUUAGUCAAUCUUUUCUUCACUGGAUCAUCUCCGCAAGUUAGGACUUGCCACAUUGUAGUGGUGCAACUAAAACUUUUAAUCUUGUAAUGUUUCCUCCAAAACAGACUUAAUAAUUUAUUCAGUCAAAUAAUUGUUUUUCCUAAUCCUUUGCAAUACUGUCAGAUUUUUUUGUUUUUAUGUCAUUGGACUAAAUUUUUAUUUUUGAAAUAGUUUUUCUAGUAACGUUGAAACGGUUUUUCUCAGAAUAUGAACUUUCACGUUCUAACUUUGUGUUACAGUUUCAUUCUGUAACAAUGUCUUUAGUAACUUUUUUUUUUAUCUCAAAACGUUAAUUUAAUGUGGGACCUUAUUUUUAAAAAGAGUGAGAUUUUGUCUUUAUUAUGACAUACUUGUCAAAAUAUGUUUAUUCUUAUAGCAGUUUGUUUCCCCCUUUUUAAAUAGUCUUUGUUUUCACUGUAUGCCAACUUAUUUUGUCAUAACACAAUCAUUUUUAAAUUUUUUUAUCUUUUUUUUUUUCUCAGAUUAUUAGCAAUCUGAUCCCCCACAAUAACACCCACACACCCACCCACACCCUUUAGGAUAUUGAGACUUUAUUCUCAGAACAGUAUGACAUUUUCUCAGUUUGUUCUCAACAUGUUUUCCUCAAAGCAUCGAGGGUUUUUUUUUCCCCCAAAUGGAACAAAUUUAUUCCUGGAGUAAUAUGGAAAUGUUUCAUCUUCCACCUUAAAAUCCCAGAUUAUUUUUUUGUUUCUUCUCCCCCUCACGGGUCAGUGGUCAUUUCUCAGGUUCGGGCCGCUCUCCCUGAAAAUCCGGUUUGGCGCUGAAAGCGAUGGCAUUGAGAUUGUUUUUACGGCGGCGUUGACGUAACUCUUCCUGUUCUGGAAGGCGGUGCUUAAAAAUUCGUCAUCCAGUUAAGUAACAGCUGAAUUUCUUCUGUGUGGUUUUAAUGCCGUGAUUUUGUCAUUUUGUUGCAUGAUAUUUUUUUUUAUUUUUUUUUAAGAGUAAAUUUUCUUUUUUCUUUGAGGCUGUGAUAAUUCCGACGGUCGUCAUGUUAACCAGUUUUUGGGUAAAAUUCUCAGCCAUAUAAAUGUUUAUGAUUCAUGUUCUUGCCUCAGAAUCAGAGAGCUUUUGUUUAACUCGUGGUGCCUUCAAGAAGCCUUUCAGUUUUUCUCAGAAUGUCCGUAGGUUCGAUUCCCGCAUUGGUUCACAUACUGUGGUAACUGAGGACAUUUUCACUUGCCUACCAAAGACCGCACUCAGGCUUCUGUUAACUCGACCUUUGUCGUCUGUAGGUCACAGGGACGAAUCAAGACACUUCACAUGCUACGCAAAUAACCGCUGCCAUGCGGCGGCCCAUGGCUCCUGCACUGUUAUUUCUAUUUCUGCACAGUUAUUAACGAGGUUCUUUUAUGUUCUGGAUUUGACCUAAACUUGAUUUAGUUUGCUGAAGCCGGUUGUUGGCGCUCAGCAAGGUCACCUCGUCGAGGUGAAAAUGUGUAAAAGGAUUUGAAAUGUGUCAGUGCAGCUGACUGUUUCUUCGACUAACAUCCUUUUAGAUUGUCGUCUGGAAAUAACAAAAACCAGCUACAGCACAAAGUGACGCCACUGGCUCUUAUUUUGUUUAGCGGUUGAAAAGUUGCGUUUAAGUAGCUGAAAUUAACGAAGAAUUUGUAUUUUAAAAUAUUCAGUUUCUCUGUAGUUUGCGCUGCUUUAAUGUGACCUUUUUAAUCUCAUCUUGUUCGAAGUCUCCAAAAGUUGUCAAAACAGUCUGAACUUUGCACUUCUGGUGGAAAGUUUUGCAGUUCCAACAUUUGAAUCUCCCCCCCCAUUUCCAGCUGGGAAAUCUGAAAGAACACUUUAGACUUUCUGCUAGUUCAGUUGUCAAAUGUUGAGCUGAAGGAUCUGCACCUCCUGAAACCGGUUUAAUGUUCCAAACGUUUCAGAUUUAUGAAGGUACAUGAAGCAGCUUGGAUGGGUUUUUCUUGUUUUUUUUGGUUGGUUGGUUUUUUUUUUUGAUGCAGGUCUCCUUACAGAAUAAAAUAAAACACCUAAUUUGUUUCAGUGGUUGGCGCUAAAUGUUCUGGUUGUCCUUACGUUAACCUCCCAAAUUCUUGGUUUUAAUUCUUUGUUUUGUUUUUGUUUGUUUUUUAUUCGAAUUUGAACACUAGUGCCAGAUACAGUUUGUACUUUGUGCAGAAUGACAUGCAUUAUUUGUAUAUUUGUUUAUUAAUUUGCUUUACAAUAUGCGUGUAAAUGCAUAUCAAAAAAAUAAAAAGUAUAUGACAAAAGGCA